ACGUCACUCUCUUCAACCAUUUCCCGGGUUUCCUGUUCUCUCUUAUAUUUUCUCUCUUAAUGCCCUAUAAACACACUUUUUCAUUAAAGUUUCUUGCUUGUUAACCAAGACCAGAAACAGCUUAAAGAAAGGGAAAUCAGAGAAACAAAAAUAAAAAAAAUAUGGGAAGAGGAAGAGUUGAACUGAAGAGGAUAGAGAACAAAAUUAAUAGGCAGGUUACAUUUGCUAAGAGAAGAAAUGGGUUGCUUAAAAAAGCUUAUGAACUCUCUGUUCUUUGUGAUGCUGAAGUUGCUCUCAUCAUUUUCUCCAACCGGGGGAAACUAUAUGAAUUUUGUAGCAGUUCUAGCAUGAUGAAAACUCUUGAGCGAUACCAAAGGUGUAGCUAUGGUGCACUGGAUACUAACCGUGCAAGCAAUGAGUCACAGCAGGGAACUUACCAGGAGUAUUUGAAGCUGAAAACAACAGUUGAGGUCCUGCAGCGAUCUCAAAGAAACCUUCUGGGAGAAGAUCUGGGUCCAUUGAGCACAAAAGAGCUUGACCAACUUGAGAAUCAGCUAGAGACAUCCUUGAAGCAUAUCAGAACUACAAAGACCCAAUUUAUGGUUGAUCAGCUUUCCGAACUUCAAAAGAGGGAACAAAUGCUUGUUGAAACUAACAAGGCUCUCAGAAAGAAGUUUGAGGAAACCAGUGCUCAAGUUCCUUUUCGACUGGCAUGGGAUCAAGCUGGAGUACAAAACAUGGCAUACAACACUCGUCUCCCCGCUCAGUCAGAAGGGUUUUUCCAGCCCCUGGGAGCCAACUCCACCAUUAACAUGGGAUACAAUCCAAUGGCGGUGGCCUCUUCUGGUGCGGCGGAGGUGGUGAGUGUCAGCGUUGCAGGGCAAACUCAGACUGUCAAUGGAUACAUUCCAGGAUGGAUGCUUUGAUAAUGGAGUCUUUUUGCUUGCUUGGCCUCUAUGGUGAUUUUGGUCAUCUUCUUCAUGCAGCAUGUAAUUAAUUAUUUAUAUAUAUAUAUGUAUGUGCAAACUUUGAGUAUUAUUUGUAAUUUGUGUAGUGGAACAAAUGAUGAUGCUUUUAUUUUAUUUUAUUUUAUUUUAUAUAUAUGUAUGCUUUGUACUUCAUGUAAAGCCUCUAAACCUUUCAAUAAUUUUGCUGGGUGUGCUGGGUAUUUUCA